AUGGCUCUUCGCCUUCCAGGAGGUAUUUCCACGCCCAAUCAGUUCUGGGACUUCCUAGUCAAGAAACAGGAUGCACGGGGUCUUGUCCCUAAGUCGGGAUACAAUUCUUCCAGUUUUUACUCCAAGUCUCGCAAGCCCGGCCACGUCGCCACUCAAUAUGGAUACUUUCUUGAUGAAUCUGUAGAUAUCGGUGCCCUCGAUACGAGCUUCUUCAGAAUGCCUAAGAUCGAGGUAGAACGGGCAGACCCGCAACAGCGACUUCUAUUGGAACUUACAAGGGAGUGCCUCGAAAGCGCCGGAGAAAUCAACUACCGCGGCAAGACUAUUGGAACCUUUGUUGGAUCGUUCGAUCCCCAGCUAUAUGGUACCUAUAAGAUUACUGGUUAUGGCUGUCACGAGAAUCCUGACAAUGGCGACUUUGUGCUUUCCAACAGAAUCUCAUACGAAUAUGACUUCAAAGGACCUAGUAUGGUCAUCCGCGCCGGUUGCUCUUCAGCUUUGAUCGGCCUUCAUGAGGCGUGUAUGUCGAUUCGACACGGCGAAUGUAACUCCGCAAUCGUAGCUGGUACCAAUCUAAUCAUGGCUCCGGGACUUACUGUCUGUAUGUCCGAGCAAGGAGUUCUAUCUCCGAAUGGUUCGAGCAGAACAUUUGAUGCCGAUGCCGAUGGAUAUGCACGCGGAGAAGCUGUCAACAUGGUCUACAUCAAGAGGCUUGACCAUGCGAUCCGUGACGGCAACCCUAUUCGUGUCGUGAUUAGAGGCACGUCCAACAACGCCGACGGUAAGACACUCGGUCUCAGCGUUACAUGCUCCCAAUGCCACGAAGCGAUGAUUCGCAGAGCAUACCACGUGGCUGGGAUCUCAGACAUCGCAAAGACCGCCUACGUUGAGUGUCAUGGUACCGGAACCGCAGCUGGGGACCCAAUCGACGUCGCCGCCGUGGCUAAUGUUUUCGGCGAUACUGGGGUAUACAUCGGCUCCGUGAAGCCAAACGUUGCACUGGAGAACCGGACUAUCCCUCCUAACAUCAAGUUCAACAAGCCCAACCCCCAAAUUCUAUUGGAGGAGAAGAAGCUCAGAGUUCCUGUUGAACCUAACCCUUGGCCAGAAAAUAGAUACGAACGUGCUUCGGUCAAUUCCUUUCGCAUCGGUGGUGCCAACGCUCAUGUUGUCAUUGAAUCGGCGAGAAUAGAUUGUCACCUAUAG